GACACAAAGGUAGAUAUCAAACUUUGCCUUGGCAAAUUUCAUUCGUCGUAAUCCCGCCAAUUACAAGUUAUCCAUUAGAGAAUGUAGUCCUAGCAACCAACACAACAAGCCCAGGAAGAAACCAGACAUAAGUCGUAGUCGUGAGUCCAAAGUAACUUGGGUACGUACCUGGGCACCUAACGUAGGUAGGUACCUUUUACCUUGUCGUCUUCUUUUAUUUCGCUAGCCAAAACUUUCACAACAUCGACAUCGCAACCCCAACGUCGCCAAUACCGACGCCACGAUAUCAAGGCCUCCAAAAUAUCUAACCGCCUUAAUUAUCCUCGUCUCGCUUUUGAGAAACCAUCAGCCAUGUCGUCCGGUAGUCAGGAGGCGGUUUCGCAGCUAGAAACCGUCCUAGCUAGCACGAUGGAAAAUAAAGAAGUUCGAGUCGUGGCGCUGACCACUCAUAUCGGUGAAGGAAAGAGCACCGCCGUCAUCGACAGAAUCUGGCGCCAGGCCAAAGUUGGAAAAGCUCCGCCUACUAUCAUCUACGUGGUCUCCACCCUCACGGAGUCUGCUUUGUUACAUGGUUAUCUAUCGGAAGGAAAGUUCACACCGGACGAACUUGACAGCCUCGAGAAACCUACUGGUCGCCCUAUAUCGAUCCGCUCCGCGUCUGAGUUCCUUCAGCGGUUUGGAGAGCUCCACGAGGACCAGGACCGUACCGUAGUCGUGGACAUCACCUGGUAUCCGAACCUAGAAGAUGAGAUAGCUCUCGGCGGCCUAAUAAAAUGGCUUUCGGGGGCUAAGGAGAAGGGCUUAAGUAUAUGCUGCGUCUUGUUGAUGUCGGAGUUCGAGUCGCAGCGGACGGUGGCGGCGUUCGAGAAGUGGGUCGGAAAUGUUCUACGAGUCGACCUCACCGGGAGCAGGCAUCCGAAGGUUCGCAUAGAGGUCCAGCAGGGGGAAGGAUGGAAGGAUCAGGUGCGGCAGACCUUACUGGAUGCUCUCGAUCAGGAGAAGAAAGUGGUCGUCGCUACGAACGGUCUUUUAGACCUUGAAUAUCUUGGCCGCGAACCAUUCGAGAGCAAGCUGGGCCAGCUAUCGUUCGAAGACCACGAGACCGUUAACACGGUGGCAGGGCACCUGGCAGUGCUAAAACGAGCGCCCGUGAUCGUCGUUGAUGCAGAAACUCCUUUCUCUACGAACAUAAAGGAUUUGGGCGUGGUCGUCUCUCUGGGCUCGUCUCUCCGUACUAACCUAUUAAUUCCCAAGCUUAUGCAGGUUGUCAGGAAGGAUCGGGAUCUUUCGUGGUUGGAAGUGCUUCGGCAGCACUCGUGGGCCUCCAAGUCGGCGGCGGUAGGCGGUUCGGGACCUUCCGCCGUCAGAUUCUUAUGCCCCGCGGGCGAGGAAGAGCUGAAAGCCAGAGGCGAACAUGCGGAAGACCUCGGCCGGGCGUGGAACGAGGAUUUCAUGUUCACGGCGUUGGCAUGCUUCUAUAAUUGGCCCGGCCGCCGUCUGAGCCGUAUGCCUACGCGACAGCCUCCCAACGACUACGUCUUCGCCGACGCCGUACGCCGUCUCCUCGUCCUAGGAUGCAUCAGAGAAGGCAAACAAGAAGGCACGUACGAGUGCACACCACUUGGUACUUGUAUUACGAGAAUGCGCCAAAACGAAUUCAAAGACAAGUUCAACUUCCACGUGACCUAUUUCCUGGCGCGUAUUCAGCUCAGGCGGCUCAAGGAUGAGAGCCCCGAAGUCCUCAGGGUACUAAUUAGGUUGGCAGCCAUAGCCCAUUUCGGUGUCAAAUUCCUAUAUCACUUCGCCGAAGAGAUGGACGCUGACAAACUUCGGAAGUGGCUACCUGCACUUAUAAGAGGCAGAGCGCACGCCGGGGCUAUGUGGAUCGCCUUGGGUGCAUAUCUAUUAUGCGAGGCCGUCGGACUUGGACGUGAAGAUACAGGAAUGGCGGCAAUCGGGCUUGGCGCCGUCGAUCUUCAGGUUUUGGCUACGGUUAGCAUACACGUACAACUCUUCGAGCGCCAGUUCGACCUGGGAGAUAUGCCGCGCGACGCCAGCGGCUGGAUGAACAAGGCCCUAACGGAAGCCCAGCUAAGAUCCAUCGACGAGGAUAUGAUGUGGGCGUGGCUGCAUAGAAUUGGCUCCUUCGAGCCGGCUGGAAAUCCGUCCGGGGCGGGAACCAUGGUGGAUUGGGUGAGCCUGGAGGAAUUCGGCGUCAAGAUGAACAAGGAAAUCAUACAAGAGAGCGAUAUCAGGGAAUACUGCAACGCGACGACCGAGGGUCGAGGGGCUUUCAGCGCCUUCUACCUGUUGCUAAAGGAAAAGGACGGGAAGAGAUGGGCGCGACAUCUGACGUGGAUCCCACCCGAGGCGAUCCAGGACUUGAAAGAGAAGACUGGAUUGUCCGUGACUACGGCGGUGGGUAAAACGUUCUAAUGGAAAAGGCUGGUUUAUGUACCUAAUAUAGGUCUAUAG